GGAGCGGAAGUAGCCGGCGGUACCCUUCCGGGAGGCGGUGUGGAGGCACGCGGGAGGCGGUUGGAGCGCGAGCCCCUCUAACGGCUGCUCCCGUCCCUCGCCAUGGAGGCUGAGGCGGCGGGCGACGGCGGCUUCACCAGCGUCGUGUCCAAGCGGAGCCGGAGGAAGCGGCGGGUGGCCGCGAGUGGGGAGGAGCCGGCGGCGGGGGCCGCCAUGGACACGACGGAGCCGCGGCCCAGCAAGAGACCGGCAUUCCCGCCCGUGGCUGCUGAGGAGCUCGGGGUUGGAAAAGGCGAAAUACGGAAGGUUCCCGUGCCGGCCAACAGGUACACGCCGUUAAAAGAGAACUGGAUGAAAAUAUACACGCCUAUCGUGGAGCACUUGCAACUGCAAAUCAGGUUUAACUUGAAAACGAGGAACGUAGAAAUCAAGACUUGCCAAGAGACCAAGGAUCUCAGUGCUCUAACGAAAGCAGCUGAUUUUGUGAAAGCAUUUAUCCUUGGGUUUCAAGUAGAGGAUGCUCUUGCUCUCAUCAGAUUAGAUGAUCUUUUUCUAGAGUCGUUUGAAGUUACAGAUGUCAAACCUUUGAAAGGUGAUCAUCUGUCAAGAGCAAUAGGGAGAAUAGCAGGGAAAGGUGGAAAAACGAAAUUCACUAUAGAAAAUGUAACCAGGACACGAAUCGUUCUCGCUGAUGCAAAAAUUCAUAUUUUGGGAUCUUUUCAGAACAUUAAAAUGGCACGAACAGCAAUUUGCAAUCUAAUUUUAGGAAGUCCUCCAUCAAAAGUUUAUGGUAAUAUUAGGGCAGUGGCCAGCAGAGCAGCUGAAAGGUUCUGAGCUGCAGCACAGCUGCACCACCAAGGACUGGGAGUCAUGUUUUCUGUAUGCACAAGAGGCCUGGAGCUACAGAAGUACUCAGUCUUCUAUUUUAUUUGGAAGCCCAGAAGAAAACUGGGACUGUUCCUGCAGUCUGAUUUCCUUCAGACAUGCUGCUCUGUUUCAACACACCUGAUAUUUCUGUAUAGUUAUUAAAAGUCGUUUUAAGCUGGUUGUGUCUAUCAGAA